AUGAACAAGAAGAGCGUGCUUCUGUACCCGGGCCUCGGCGUCGGCCACCUGACGCCGAUGGUCGAGCUGGCCAAGCUGUUCACCCAGCACGGCGUCGCCGUCACAGUUGCGCUCGCCGAGCCGCCCGCGCCGCGGCCUCCAAUCCAUGCUCGGCUACCUCAAGGCCAUGAACACGCCGCUGCGCGACCUCCUCCGCUCGCUGCCGAGCUCAACCUGCCCGUCUACUACUUCUACGCCUCGGGCGCCAGCGCGUUGGCCGUCUUCCUCAACCUGCCUCGCAUGAUGGCCACGGGUUUCCAGCUGGAGACCACCGGCGGCGACUCCGUGCUCUCUCUCCCCGGCGCUCCUCCGUUCAAAGCUUCAGAACUGCCCGAACUGAUUCUGAAUGGCAGCCAGGCAGGAAAAGCCGUCCUCCGCGUGCUCUACCUGUUCCCAGAGGCCAACGGGAUUCUCGUCAACACCUUCGAGUCGCUGGAGACGCGGGUUGUGCGCUCUCUGAGCGAUGGCCUGUGCGUUCCCGACCGUUCCACGCCGCCGGUGUACUGCAUCGGGCCACUGGUUUCGGGAGGUGGAGACAAGGAGCACGAGUGCCUCAGGUGGCUGGACAUGCAGCCAGACAACAGCGUCGUGUUCCUCUCCUUUGGGAGCUUGGGCACGUUCCCAAAGAAGCAACUUGAGGAGAUGGCUAUUGGGCUCGAGAAGUCAGGGCAGAGGUUUCUAUGGGUGCCACUCCCGGAGCCAGACCUCAAGGCCCUCCUUCCAGAGGGGUUCUUGGAGAGGACCAAGGACAGAGGGCUUGUGCUCAAGUCUUGGGCGCCACAAGUGGAUGUGCUACGCCAUAGAGCGACCGGCGCAUUUGUUACACACUGUGGGUGGAACUCAACGCUGGAGGGCAUCAUGGCAGGGUUGCCCCUGCUGUGCUGGCCACUGUAUGCGGAGCAGGGGAUGAACAAGGUGUUUAUUGUGGAAGAGAUGAAGAUCGGGGUGGAAAUGAACGGCUAUGAUGAAGAAAUGGUGAAGGCAGAGGAGGUGGAGACGAAGGUUAAGUGGGUAAUGGAGUCUCAAGGUGGGCGAGCACUCAGAGAGAGACUGGCGGAGGUAAAAGAUAGAGCAGUCAAGGCACUCAAAGAAGGCGGCUCAUCUCAUGCUGCUUUUGUCGAAUUCUUGAAGGAUAUCAAUAGCAUGGCUCAUCUUCAUCCCUAA